CCCGCCGGUCCGCCAACAGAUAGCAUUCCGCGCCGCUCCCGCCCCCAAGCACACAGGAACACUCCGCCGACUGGUUUCGCGACCGUCAGGGACCUGACCGUUGGCAGAGACUGCCAUGUGGCCGUUCGCGCGACGAAGCGGGAAGACCGCCAAACCCAAAUCCCCUUCUGAUGGCCCGCAGUCAUCAUCGUCGACCGCCGCCGUUGCAGGACUCAAUGCAGACAGGAAGCUGCCUUCCGCCCACAACGCCGUCCAAAGCCAUGUCUUGACGAGAUCCCCGAGCAGACGCAACAGCCGCCGAAAGGGAAAGCGUUCGCGGCCCACGGCGACAGCGCCCUCCAUGCCGCUUCCACAGCCUGACCGCGACACGAGCGUCGAAGACAUCACCGCCCUCCCCAAGACGAUGCGCCUCGAGCAGAGCCCCCACCUUCGCCCUAUCGCACAUGCCCACGCCAUCCCCUACAACUUCCAGCCAAACCACCCAACCCAUUCCGAUUCCCAGUCCAGUCUACCGCGCAAACCACGCAAACUACUCCGUCCUCAGUCUUUGCGCAAACCUCCCGUCGGAGAGCAAGAGACAACAUUCCUGGCUCGCAGAUCCAGCAAGAGAAAAGCGCAUGACAGCGUUCGCGAGGAAGAAAUACGAGCCAUGAGCAUGCCGCAGAAGCGACCGGCAGGAUAUUCUCAAGGCAUGUUUCGGCGAGAUAGCAAGAAGGUGAAGGGAGGACUCAAUUCGCACUUCCAAAGACCCAUCUCCGAUGUAUCACUUCCGCUUGCAGAUUCAAUACACUCGUCCAUGUCCGGGAGCUCGGAGAGCCGAGCGUUUCGCGUCAGCACACUGGAUAUGCUGUCACCGCGCCCCAAGAUCAGGUGUUCGGUGGGGCCGCACCACGGUUACUCGAGUACACGCGAAUCUCCAGUGUCAAUGAAAGAGAAGGAUAAUGUAUCCGAGGAGUUCAGACGUACGAAUAGCAGUGGUCAUCAAAGGAGAAGUAGCAGAAUCGACGAUUUAGCGGAUACGCUCGACGCAGGUGCAUUGAGACAGAUAUUGGAGAGGGAUAAGAGACGGAAGGAGGCGAAGAAGAAGGCGAACGAUGAGCGCCUAAAACGCAAGCUGGAGCGACGGGCAGAGAAACAGCGCGCCGCUGAGCAGUGGGCCGCCGCCCACGCAGCCGGUGAGCAAGCGGGGCCACCCUCUCCGCCUGAAGUAGAAACUCCUGGAGCCAUCGGUCUAGGUAUACAGAAAGACGGCCCUACACCCAUGGAAGAUGUGCGGCCAUCGACGCCACAAACACCCUCUCAGAGACCGCAGCACCUCCAUCUCAGCACUCCCAAAAGAAGUCACGAGAAUGCACAACUCCCUACGCCCGUGGACAGCCCGCUUGAGACUCCCGUCGUCGCCGAUGCGCAAGCGGUUCGGCUAUCUCGUGCUAGCAUAUCUCCCACCCCUCAAGCGCACACGCGCGGGCCGUCAAACGUAUCUGAACUGCCUGCUUUACUCUCUGAACUAGCAGCUCAAGAGAAGCCUAUCGAGACGAUGGAGACUGUCCAAGAUCCACGCACCAGCGGGUCGCUAUACCCAGUCACCACCGUCGAUACGACUGCGACUUCCAAGCGAGGGUCAAGGCGACGCCGCAGCUCGGAAGGAGGGCGCAUGGCCGCCUUUGCCUCCUUCUUCCGACGCGCAAAACGUGGAUCAAAGGACCAAGGGCACAUCACCCCCUCCGAAGUCUCCUUCUCCAAUACCUCUCGGGAAUCCAUGUCGCGUCAACCUCUCCCCGCUCACCUAAUGCCAAAGCAGCCGUUGCAACCAAUCGCAGUCAAACGACCGGCACGGCCACCCAGCGUGCCUCGCCGCACAAUGUCCAAGUUCAGAGAGGAUCUCCCGGAAUCCUCCAAAUCUCCACCAGAAUCGCGGGUGCAGUCGCCGGACGUGCUAGCUCCUAGUGCUAUUGCAUCUCGAAGACAGAGCCAGCGGUUGUCUGGCUUGCUUGUCAGCUCGAAUAGUACCGCUACAGAGGCGAGAACAGAUUCUCCUGUCAGCCCAGGGGUCCCUGACACCGGCCUCAUGUCGCAAUCCCUUGCAUCCGUCGACUCUGAAGGAUCUUGGCUGUCAGGAAAGCCCAUGAAACGCAGGUCCAAUAAUGCGUAUGUGCGCUCUAGCAUCAGCUCCUCGGCGGCGAAACGCAACGACUUCAACGCUUCGUAUGAGGAGCUUGGAAUUCCCGAUGAUGAAUACUUUAGACGUUUAACACCGCAAGCCGACGAUCGACGGUGGUCAGAAAACUCGGCCGAAUGCAUGAAUAGGAAGCCCAGCAGUGCUGCAAUAGUUGCCAUGGACCCCGCGGCCGAGGCUGAUGAUGAAGGCUUACCCACUGCUGCAGCGAGCACAUCGGACGAGCAGCUCAAGACCGGAGUAGCGCGCCAACCCACCAUUGUGCAUCGCCAACCCCGCGUCAAGUCCGCGGAAGGUUUACUGAGCUUCUACCAAGCAGACAAGUCGUCGCCUGAAGAGGAGAAGAAAACAGCAGCUGGUGAGGAGCAGGUCCAGCCCGACUCGCCCACUUCAGAGGGCGAGCCGAUGAUCUUGCAGCGUGCGCAGAGCGUGAACCUUGGAAAACACGACUCGCGGCGGCUCAGCGCGGGGUCUGCGAAACUCCUGGAUAUCAAGGCGAGAAAGACUUCGGCGGAUCCUAGACGAUCGAGUCUCGGGUCCCAGCAUACCCUGUCGCAACUGUGAAGUGAGAGGUGUCCUGUGA